AUGGCUGUGGCUAACAGUGGUAGUGCUUUAGCCAUUAUCCAGGCAAAGAGAGCCAAAAUCAGUUUGUUCAGACGUCGUUACGGCUGCAAAACAUCUGGAUUUCAUCACAACCACACCAGACAGGCACACCUGGUGGCGGCAUUUGAGAAAAGUCUGACAAACAUGACCUGUCGACUGCAGAGUCUAACCAUGACAGCGGAGCAAAAGGAGUCCGAGCUUGCAGAGUUAAGAGAGACCAUCGAGGCAUUGAAAACUCAGAACACAGAUGCUCAGACGGCCAUUCAAGUUGCCCUCAACGGCCCUGAUCACGUUCAUAAAGCAGACCUGAGGAUCCGUCGACAGCACUCAUCAGAAAGCAUGUCCAGUAUUAACAGUGCAGCCAGCCACUCCAGUAUGGGUAGCGCUAAAGAUGCAGACGACAAGAAGAAAAAGAAGAAAAGCUGGGGCAAGGAUAAAGGACACAAGGUGGCUGAUUCCAUCCCCGCCCAGUUGCGGAGCUCCUUUAAGCAGGCCUUCAGCAAGAAAAAGACCAACAAGCCCCAAUCAUCUCAUGAUGAGAUUGAAGAGAUGACUGACUCCUCCCUCCCUUCUUCACCCAAACUACAACACACCAACAGACAGACCAGCCCCACCCAACCACUGCGCUCAUCACCUUCCACCACAGAAUUGUGUGAAUGUACAGAGGCCGAGGCAGAGGUUAUCCUCCAGCUGAAGAACGAGCUGAGAGAGAAGGAGCUGAAGCUGACUGAUAUCAGACUGGAGGCGUUAAGCUCCGCCCACCACCUUGACCAGAUACGAGAAGCCAUGAACCGCAUGCAGAAUGAAAUUGAGCUGCUGAAGGCAGAGAACGACAGACUGAAGUCCAGCGGCAACACCACACCUGCUGCCACACCUGCUAAAACGGCCCGUCCCCCUUCAGAAACCUCCAGCACGUCCUCCUCGUCCUCACGGCAAUCUCUGGGGCUGUCGCUGAACAACCUCAACAUCACAGACACCAUUAUGUCAGAUAUUUUGCUCGAUGAUGGCUAUGAGGGCAAUCUACGCAAAGAGGGCAGGAGUGUCCGUAUAGUGGUCACCAUCAACAGUGACUCCAACAAAACCAAGGCUAGGCAGAAGAAGGAGUAUCUGAUUGGCUCCAUUGGCGUCAGCGGCAAGACAAAGUGGGAUGUGUUGGACGGUGUAAUACGACGCUUGUUUAAGGAGUAUGUGUUCCGAGUGGACCCAUUGACCAGUUUGGGCCUGAAUUCGGAUAGUAUAGUGUGCUACAGAAUGGGGGAUGUGGUCCGAUCUCAUGCCUCUGAGGUUCCUGAACUGUUGCCAUGUGGAUAUCUGGUGGGCGACAACAACGUCAUCAGAGUCAGUCUCAAAGGUGUGAAGGAGGGUAGCAUUGAUGACUUGGUGUUUGACACACUGAUUCCUAAACCCAUCAUUCAACGCUACUUAAACCUGCUGAUGGAGCACCAUAGAAUUAUCUUGUCUGGUCCCAGCGGAACGGGUAAAUCCUUCCUAGCCACUAAACUAGCUUACUACAUCAUCUCCAAGACUGGUCAAGUGGUGACCGACACUAACCUGGCUAGCUUCAACGUGGACCAGAAAUCCAGCAAGGAUCUUCGGCAGUACCUCUCAAGCCUGGCCGAGCAGUGCAACACAGAGGAGUGUGAGAUCGAGCUGCCCUCUGUAGUUAUUCUGGACAACCUCCAUCAUAUUGGCUCCCUUAGUGACAUCUUUAAUGGAUUCCUCAACUGCAAAUAUCACAAAUGCCCGUAUGUCAUAGGAACUAUGAACCAGGGUGUUUCCUCAUCUCCAAACUUGGAGUUGCAUCAUAACUUCAGGUGGGUGCUGUGUGCCAAUCACACUGAGCCAGUGAAAGGCUUCCUGGGCCGAUUCCUGAGAAGAAAGCUGAUUGAAACUGAGAUUGAUAAAAACAUGCGCAGUAACGACCUCAUAAAAAUUAUCGACUGGAUCCCUAAAACAUGGCAACACCUCAAUUCCUUCCUAGAGGCUCACAGCUCCUCAGACGUCACUAUCGGUCCUCGGCUGUUCUUGUCCUGUCCGAUGAAUGCAGACGGUUCACGUGUGUGGUUUACCGACCUGUGGAACUAUUCUCUAGUGCCAUAUCUGCUGGAAGCAGUACGAGAAGGACUGCAGCUGUAUGGAAAGAGGGUGGCAUGGGAGGACCCGUCCAAAUGGGUGAUUGACACCUAUCCCUGGAGCUCUGCCUCCCUGCAACAUGAAGGCCAGUCACUGCUGCAGCUGCGGCCGGAAGAUGUGGGCUAUGAUGGCUACAGCCCCUCUAAAGACGGAGCCGCCUCCAAACAAGUAUCUCAGAGCGACACAGAGGGAGACCCACUGAUGAAUAUGCUGAUGAAGCUACAGGAAGCUGCAAACUACUCCAGCGCCCAGAGCUGUGACAGCGACAGCGCCAGUCACCACGACGACCUGCUGGACUCCUCAUUGGAGUCUGCCCUCUAAGCCCCACCCCAUUAGAAGAAGAAACCUUCUGAUUGGUUGAAAACAGAGCAAAGGGCCCACAGGACUUGUGCUUAUGAAACAGACUUAUGAAACGCCUGACGCCUCCGGUGGUAAAAGGAUGCAGAAUCCAGGAUACGGCGAAUGAAAAGGUGCUGGUGGCACACACGACACUGGCGAAAAAGCGUGUGUGCCCACAUAAUUAAAAAAACAACUGGAAUUUGAAUUUGUUGGAGGUGAUCCGUUAGCUAAACAUGUUUACAGAGGCAAGAGUUUAUUUUAAAUUCACUGAGGUGCAAAAACCUAAAGGGCAACAUUCUGAAUUCUGACCUCAGUUAAUAAACUGGUGCUGCCGUGGUGCCAAAACCAACAUGCGGUUUACACUCAUCUCGCCAGCACUAUUCAUGAAACACACGUCUAGCCAACAAGCACAAACGUGCAACGUGUCAUUACCGCUACUGUCAAAUCAUACGCAAAUUCGCCACCACUCGUUUUUCUGCCAAGCGUAUAGUGACCUACAGCAUCCCUGCACCACUGACUGCAGCUUACACACCGUUCCAUGCAGUAGUCUUUCAUUGGACCCCACAGCCGUGUGCGUAGUUCUUUCUCUUCUCCACAGGUACAAGGCAACUGCUUGUAGGAGAGUGUACCAGCUUUGUGAAAAAGACCAGAAAAUGGUGCUUUCUUGCUGCCUUAAGUGUGCUGAGCUCUGAAGACAUUUAAACGUGGUGCCGCUGUCCUUUUUCGCAGAAACGAUGACGUAGGACAGAACCGAUCAAACAUUUUCCUAAAGAUGCCACGUCCACAUAUUUUAUUUUUGUUACAAUUAGUGUGUUAGUGUAAAACACGCCAUUAUAAACGGUCCAAAUGUAUAAAAGUAAAAAAGAUGUUUAUGUAAUCCCAGUUGAGCUGGGAUCACUUGAAUCGAGAGCACAAAUCCGACGCGUCGCUUCGCUAGCAUGCUGUUUUUACUUUGCUAUAUGUGUGUAUGUGCACGCUGAAACGUUUUUGUUUUUUUUCCGCUCCCGUGCGCCAGUGUUCUUGUAGUCGAAGUUCAUUCAUUCUUUCUUUUCUUUGCUAUGUGGGUUUUGCACAAUUGAAAAGGUGAUUGUAAAUAUCCAAGUCUUGCACAGCCUCUUAAAGAUGCACUCUGGCCGGUCGGUAUUGCGUUUCUGCUCUUCUAGUCUAGCAUUACGCUCUUGAGAUUUACAGAGAAAAAAAAAGCAAACCAGCAACCUGUCCAAACCGUAUAUGUCUUGUAAUGACUGGUUAUUAUACAGAGCUCUAAACUGUACAGUGAAGGGUGAAGUGUUUUUCAAUUUCAAAAAACGUUAGUGUCAGUUUACUGUUCAAGGGCGUAAAAUCAGUUUUAUCUUCGCAAUGCAUCAGAGCCUGACCAUAUCUAACUUGCAUUACACUGUUACACUUCCUAUCCUGCAGCUUUCAGAUACACUGGUCCCUUUGGAUGUAAGCCACACCUAAAGACCCCAUGAAUGUUUUCUGACAACCGCAAGUUAUUGUAGAACCUGACUGCCGAAAAUAGCCAUUCUAAAGAGCAUUUGAUUGGACAAAAAAUGUGUAUGCAUCUUUAAACGCAGGAUACGUCGUAUUUCUGUCUAUUAUGAUUCAAAUAUGUUCAUGAAAGAUAAAUACUGUACAUUUUAAAUGUGAAUAUCUGCUUAAAAUAUUUUUGUCAACUUUUAGGAGUACAGGAGCAUAUAAAUGACCUUAAAACUAUAAGGCAGACAAAAAGCCACAAAACUCUUCAUUUUGAAUUCAUGGGAUUUAAAAAAAUUCACGAGUAUCAUUGCACUAGAUUAAAAAAAAAAUCUAAUCAAGUGGCUUAUAUUCUGCAAACAAACAUCUCACAAAGUGUGUUACAUUUUUAAAUAAUGAAACAUUAGAGUGUUCAAAAUGAAGACAA